GUGGUGGUGGUGGACGAACGAACGAACGAAUGGUUGAGGGUGAGGAGGGCGCAAGGAUUGACCGAGAAGGACGUUGAGCGAGAGAGGAGUCGUUAGUUCAGUUGAGGCGCAAGAGUCCUCCGGCUAAGGACUACCGUCCCUGCCAGUCCGGGACAUUAUGCCAGGCGGCGAGGGGUCUUCGAUCAAUCUCCUCGAUCGUCAUCACCAUCGCACGUCCGCCGCCGCCAGCACCGCCACCGGCUCCGCCGCCGCCGCCGCCGCCACCGCCGCCGACGAGUGCGCGAACGAUGACGAUGUCGGUACGACCGCGGCAGCAUCGACGACCGGCGCGACUCUCGGCAGCGGCGGCAACGCGAUGACGAGCGCCUUAGCGGGCGACGGUCUCCGCCGCAGGAAGGUCAUACACGCGGCCAAAGAGACUCUCGACAAGGCAUCCCGUCUAUUGAGACGAAAAAUACCAUGUACAGGCCACUUAAUGACCCCCCGCCGCCUAUGGAUACAAAAGGUUCCUACUCAGGAAUGCGACGUAGUCAUGAUGUUCCCCAGCGGAGCGAGCGACGAGACCCUGAUGUGGUUGUUAGGACGGCUUCGGGCUGGAACCCCGGGGCUAACAGUUCACGUGCGACAUCACACCUCAUCGGAUAGUUACGGGUUUUACAUUACGGCGCCAUUUAGCGUUCUGUUGAAAGCCGCAGAGGAGGUGCAUCUACCUAAGGCAUUACGACAGGAAUUCGGCGGUGGUCUGAAGGAAUUCGUUGGGUCCGAGGCUAACUGUUUCGAGGGUAGCGACGACGAAAUCCGAUUUUUCACCACUCAAGAGAGGCAAUCCCUAGUGAUGCAUCUACUUCACACGUUGAGAGCCGGUCCGCAUGAUCUACAAAGUCUGCCGGGUUUUAAGUUGGUGGAAGGUCAAGCGAUUAUCCCAAAGUGCAUUUCGUCCGGUAUUAUUUCUCAGGUCUUCCCUCUACACGAAUUACCCGCGCUAGAAAAACUGCAACGAACUUGGGUCCGCGCUUUCCUCAGUCCUCAGCCUUUGGACGACAUUUGUAAAUACUUCGGGGUGAAAAUCACUAUGUAUUUUGCCUGGCUCGGCCACUACACCACCGCUUUGAUAGUUCCAGCUGCAGUGGGUGUCAUAUACUGGGUCGGCAUCAUCGGCAGGAACCAAGCGGUGGAGGACGUGGCGUAUGUCCUGUUUUCGGUGUUCAACGUAAUUUGGGCUACAGUAUACUUGGAGACGUGGAAAAGGAGAGGCGCGGAAUUGGCGUACAGGUGGGGCACUUUGGAUCAGAGGGACGAUCUAUUGGUCGAGCCUAGACCUCUCUUUACAGGAACUCUAGAGAUUUCACCGGUGACGGGUAGAUUGGAACCGACUUACCCCAGGUGGCGGAGAAACAUGUUUCGAUAUUUUGUCAGCGUGCCUAUCAUCGCGAUCUGUUUACUCUUCGUCUUCAUCGUUAUGAUUCUAAGCUUCCAGAUACAGGAUUGGUGGGACGCGCAUCUCGAAUCUGGAGGCUACGGGUUCUGGCUUAGUUACGUGCCAAAGGUGUUACUCGCGGUAGUGAUCGCGUUGAUGGAUGAAGCGUACUUCAAGGUUGCGGUGUGGUUGAAUGAUUUGGAAAACUAUCGACUAGACACCGAGUACGAGAAUCAUCUGAUCUACAAGGUGGCACUGUUUCAGUUUGUAAACUCCUUCCUAUCGCUGUUUUACAUCGCCUUUUAUCUUCAAGAUCAAGAGAGACUUAAGGAGCAACUGGCGGCUCUGCUCAUAGCUCGCCAAGUAAUCGGUAAUCUGAAGGAAUCAGCGGUACCAUAUUUGAUCGAACAGCUGCGUCUGGCGCGUUUGAGCUUCGAACUGUUCGGGGCCCUGAGUCCCAGCGAGGCGAGGCCGGCACCUGGUCAGGAGGGCGAAGAGGUUCCACGCGACAAGGACAAGGAGGAGGAGAAGGACGAACGGUCCACCGACAGCGGCAAGUCGAAGCAACGAAACGUCAGCCAAGCAGAACUGGAGAGUUCCCUCUACAGAGUAGGGCAUCCCACUAAUUCUCUACUUAGUGACGUUGCGUUCAAGUACGACGGGGCGUUUUCGGAACACCUAGAGAUGUUAUCGCAACUAGGAUACGUUUGUCUCUUUUCGUCGGCAUUUCCAUUAGCUGCGAUGGCAGCUUUGCUUGGGAAUUUGCUCGAAUUACGCGGCGAUGCGUUCAAACUAUGUUUCGUGCUUCAACGACCUUUCGGGCGCAGAGUUUCGAACAUUGGAACGUGGCAAAACGCUAUGGAGACGAUGGGCCUGGUCGCUAUUUUAGUGAACUGUGCUCUAAUUGGACUGAGUGGGCAGGUGCAACGAAUGUUUCCGGAGAUGUCGGCAACGCAAACGAUCCUGUUGAUUGUAGCUUUGGAGCACAUAAUGUUCGCUAUCCGAUUUGUUAUUAUCUGCGCGAUUCCCGACAUACCUCAUUGGGUCGCUACCGAAAUGGCUAAAGUGGAAUUCUUAAGACGCGAAGCGGUCCGAAGAUUGUCCUCGACACCGUCACCGGAGCAGCAACCAGCAACAGUAAUAGGGAGAUUCGUGGUGAGUCCAGCAGACGGAGAGAACGAAGAGCAGCAUUUGCUCACGGACCGUACCGGCUACGCGACCACAAGUCAAGCGGAGCCCGCGACUCUGGCUUCGACCACUCACACGCCCAGUGGCCCGACAACGCCCAGCGCCGCGUCGGUACCGAGGAUCGCGGAAACACCACCGACGGCCGAAUCGCCAGGCGGUAGCGGCGGAAGCAGCAGCGAGACCAGCAGCCCGUUCCUACCCGAAGGCAAUUCCAAUACGACCCGGGACAUCCGUAACUCCCCGAGAUGCUCCAUACCCGGAGGUGAACGAGUAGGGAGGCGCUCGAGGGAGUGGUUAAGUAAUGAACCAGAAGCAUCCGGUGGGACUGAUCAAUACAGCCAUCAUCUAACCAUCGGACCACAUGGUGGCGUCGACUGGGUGCGUCGAUUGGGUUUGGAGCCCGGUGGUCGAAAAUCUAGCGAUUCCGAGAUCAGUGGUGCUACUAACAUGAGCGGAAGGGAAGAGGAAUUAACGUUGCACAGGUCUACGGACUGUAUCGUGUCCAAAGAGCUAGCCUCUUCUUCAGACAGCGAUCUUCUCAGGUCGGCACCGCCGUGGUCGGUAGCUCACAGGAGUCAAAAGUUCCGCUUCUCACCGGAGAAGGAGAGGGAGCGCGAGAAGGCGGAGAAACAACAGCAGCAAUACCGGGAUCAUCACCGGGAUCAUCAUCAUCAUCAACGGGAGACGCACGAUUAUCGCGAGCGGCAGUCUUACCUUGCCGAAAAGGAAAGGGAGAAGGAGAGGGAGAGAGAGAGAGAGAGGGAGAAGGAGAGGGAGAAAGAGAAGGAUUCGAGCGGUCUAUCGGAUUCCAGCAAAACGAUUUCCAGCCAAGAGGAGGAUAAACCGACGAAGGAGGAGCGCGAGGCGAAGAAAACGCGCGUCAAGCAGAGCCUGAUGAAGCGGGCGCGUUCGGUUGCGAUUUUCUCGCUGAAGCUGAAAGAACGUCGUGCCCGGGAGGCCGAGCUGAAGGCCAAAGAGGCAGAGAGAGAGGCCAGGUGGCAACAACCACAGUCCUGCGUCGGCGGCGAACUUUCGUGCAUACCCAUAGAAAAGCUUAUCUCCGUGGACGACAUCGCGGCCAUGGAGUCAAUGCGCCGGCUGAAUCAUUAGCCGCUUGAUUGACAACUUGUCUGUCUCUCUCUCUCUCUCUCUCUCUCUUGCACUUUUGAUUUUUUUCGCUACGUAGACAACUGGAUGUUCGCGAUAUCGCGUACGAUCGGUGCGAAUGAUGCUGGAGUACCGCGAGAAACCCGAUCGCGAACGGACAAGAGAAAAGGCACACAACUUAUACGAAUCGUCACCGGCGGGAUGUCUUAGGCAAAACAUUCCGUAGGAAUUGUUUCCUCCGUCGAGAGAGACGUCUUUGACGACCAUUCCCCAAUACGGUUCGGUUCAGGAACAGAGCGGAAACGGGACACUCCCGAAGAAUCUACGCGAGUAACGAAGAUGAGAAUUUCCACGGUAACUUCACGACUUAAAAUACCCACAGAACGCGAUUCCUGUUGUUCUUGAAACAGCACGGAUGAAACCUUAUCGAGAGACUGUCGACUCAAAAGGGAAAGAAUCCACGGGAAAACACAUCACGUUGCGAUUACGAUCGUUCUAAAGAAUAAAUAUCGACGAAAUUAUCGUAUCGUUGCAUUAAAUACGUAAAUUUUCUCCGAGGCGCGUGAUGUUCCGAACCGAAAGUACCAUACUAAUUGCCACGAUUCUAAUUUCGCUUCGAAUCGAUGCCCCAACACUAAGUGGCAUAAUUUCCUACCGCAUAGGUCACUUGCUCGAUCACACCGUAGAUAAUUGAGUCGUAAUUAUCCCGCCCGUGCCGUCAGUAAUUGUAACUGUACACCGAAAAAAGUAAAUCACUCUCGGCUGAAUCUGUAACGCGCACGCAUUAUUAUGUGUGGCUCGUCGCGGAGAGAAAAAAAACAGUUGAAACGCUCGUUAGCCGCGAAAUCUUCCCGGAGAGACAGUUGGGAAGCUUGUAAAGUACCAUUAGACCGCUCGCUGGGGUAGCAAACGCCGGCGCGGAGAAUCCAACGAAGAGAACACGGGGGAGGAGGAGGGACUUUGUUGUUGUUGCUGCGGUAAUAAAUUGUUAAUUAAUACUAUAAAACUCUAGGUGUUAAUGGUUUAACGAAUUUUUGCUAAAUAGAUCUCUCACACGAGGUGUAACACGUUGUCGAGACCACCGCCUCCAAAAAGCCUCGUGUCCCUGUUACAAAUCGUUCCCCUUCCGCGGGGAAUGACGACACGCGGAAGUCGCACCGUUAUACGUGAUAAAAAGUUUGCCACGCGACACGUUUCGUCGACGAAGAGAUAGAGAGUCGAUUAGAGUGCACACACAUACACACAUACACACACACACACACACACACACACGAUACUCUUCGUCCAGAAGUGAAUAAAAGGAAUCUAGAGGUCAUUUUUGUAUAUAGUGAAAAGUGUUACGCAGAGAUUGUAAAAUCGGUUUUCAUGGCCUAGCCUCAUGUCCCCGUCCGCGGCUGAACUUUAGCGCAGAGUUGUUAAGUACAUACAGACACGACAUAUAUACAUGCAUACACACAUGUAUACGCACGCACGCAUACACGCACGAACACACAUACACAUACGACAAAUUUGAUUACAUUUAUCGAGUAUUGUUAGCGGUUAGUACUUACAAUUAGAUGCAUCCACAUUGAGCACCGUUGAACAAGUCGAUAAUCGCGUUGUACCGUAGAGUGCCCUUCGGGAACUUGCAGAGAUUCGAGUGCAGUAGACGCGAAAUCGAUAGAUUAGCCGCUUUCGCAAAAAGGCAGGUCGAAAUCAAUUCGGCGGGAAGCAUCUGUGUUUGUUAGAUGUUUUGUAUAAAACAGGAGAACUGAGCCAAUAAAACAUUCUACGAAAGA